AUGUUGUUGAAUGUUCUUGACAAACAGCGACCGAAAACCGUACUAUCGUCGAUCUACCUUUCAAUAGUUGUUAUUUGGAUAUCGGUGACUGUGCUCGGACUUGUUGGGAUCAACGUCGACCUUGAGAAGAAGCAGACCCGAGCUCGUGGGGUUGACACCUGGCUCGCAGAAACUGACCAAUCCAAUCUCUCCUGGUCUUAUGGCCUUGAGGCAUUCGCUCUCCUGUUCACACUGAUUGCGCUUAACAUUCUUGUCUGGUGCGUCUAUCCUAGAAAGGAGAGAGGAGGGAAGCUUUUGAAGGAGGCAUGGAAUUGUCCCACCGAAGAUGACCUUCCAUGUUGCUUUUCACGACGACCGUACCGAGAAAUGGCUGUCCAGGAGGCUUCAACGAUGCGCCGAAGCACUGGAAGUCUUAGAUCACAAAGAGCCAUCGACCACAUCGAAAGACAGCGUCUGCAACAGAUGGAGCAUCAACAACACCAACAGACACAGCGAGUUGAUGUGUCAGAAAACGGGGACGUUUCCUCAGUUGACGUGGUAACCUACGACCCUAGGUCGGCCGACAUUGUGAGUGAACAAGGCCCAUCAUCGUUCGCCACAGACAGACAACCGCUAGCUGGCGAUGCGUACAUAAACGAGACGAUCAUUCCCAAGCACGACCCCCGAAUCUACGUUGAGCCGAGCUUCAACCGUGCCUCAAGUCGCCUAUCCAGUGUGCGCUCAGCCAAUGAGGUAGCGCAGGUGGCUCGGUCUAUGCGGGCGAGUGGCAAACGACUGACUCGGUUUAAAAUCCCCUCGGAACCAGCGACUGAUAAUUCACAGGUAAUUCCGAAAAUUCGCACCAUCUCAAGAAGCGUCGUUAUCAUGUUCCUCUUGAUGGAGACGUCGGAAAUGGUCCUGUGA